AUGUCCGUGUGCUUCUUUGUACCUGCGGAACAAGAAGGGCAAACAGUAGAAGCAGACGAUACAGAGACUGAAUGUGUCGAAGAAUCACCGGUUAACAGUAUCCAUGCAACAUUGACUAGCUAUUGGGCAAAAGUCAAUGAAGAUGUCAAGAAAGUUACAGCUGAGGACUUUAAAACCCAAGUGUUACCACUGGCCCGUAUUAAAAAAAUUAUGAAAUUAGACGAAGAAGUGAAAAUGAUUUCCGCAGAAGCGCCGGUGCUUUUCGCGAAGGCCUGCGAGAUUUUCAUUCAUGAGCUCACAUUGAGGGCCUGGUCGCACACGGAAGAUAAUAAGCGGCGGACACUACAGCGUAACGACAUAGCAAUGGCAAUAUCCCGUUCAGACCAAUUUGAUUUCUUGAUAGAUAUAGUCCCUCGACAGGACAUCAAGUUUAACCGCUUGAAAGAGGAAACUAUCAGGACCAACCCACCUGCAGAACCGGUCACUGUGCCACAACAGCACCCUUCGCCAGUAGCCAGCACGCAAGUCGUAACGCAACCCUGCGCUCAAAUUGUCCAGCCCUCAACAAGCACCACAGCAGCAACAGCGAGCAGUAGCAACCAGCCAGUUACUUUGCUGCAUCAAGUGGUCAAUUCGGCUGGAGAGGUGCAACAUGUACCGAUUCUACUGACGCAGUCUCAGCUGAACAUGAUCCGACUUCAGAUGCAAAACAACCCGAAUACGCCCAUUAUUAUUCAAGCCCAGCCGCAAGCGCAGCAGCAGCAGCAGGCUCCACAGAUUAUACAGGUGUCGUCGCAGGCGCAGCAUGCACCCCAACAGAUAUACUUGGCACAGAUCGCGGGACAGGAAGAGUCCUAG